ACACUCCGUAUAAAACAAACUCGUAAGACAAACACGAGAUACUCAUAUGACCGGCUCCAUUGUUAUUACGUACUCCCGCCAAGUCCUUAUCUAUAAUAGCCUAGCUAGAUAUGGAUGGCUCGAAAAAAGUUGAUAGGACAAGUUGCAUGACAAAGACCAAAAAAAAGAGAGUACAAAACGUAACGGGAAUCUGUUUAUCCUUUGGAGUAAAGGGUUGGCAUGCUGCAUCACCCAAAAGCAACACAUGUUGUUAAUUUCACGUAAACACAUCAAAUAAGAAUUAUCCAUUUCCUGUCUUUUUUCCUCACUGUUCAUUAUGUCCCUAGCUCCAACUUGCAUAUCCAAAGAAGCUUUUCCCCUCAAAAAGCCUACUUGUUAUUGUCAUAAAAAAACUAACUCAACAGUCCUUUUAGGCACUGUUUGUUAAGUUCGUAGUGUCCGAAACACCUGUAAAAACUCGGCUUUUGAAAAACCGAAAAGCGCUUUUGUAUGACAUAAAAGCAGAAGUUUCGAUUUGGAGCUUCUGCGAAAAGCUGUUUUGAAAAUACAAGAUUAUCCUUAUCAUAUUAUAAUUAUAUUUCAGAAAAUAUAAUUUUCCUUCAUUUAUAUCAUUUUAAAAAUAAAAUAAAUUAUAAAAUCAUAUUAUUUAAUGUAAAAGAAAUCUAACAAAAUCCAUUUUGACUACUUUUUAUUGUUUAGAAUUUUUAUUCAUAUUUUAUAUUAUAAGUCCUUUAUAGUCAUUUUACACAACCUCUUAUAUUAAAAAAAACACUUCUAAUAGUUUUACAGCCAAACACUCAACUACUUUUAAAAAAAAAUACUUAUCUAAAAUCUCCAGUCAGAAGCUGCUUCUGCAAAAGCUACCGCAGGGCCAAACUAAGCUAUAAUCUCGUCAUAUUAUUAAGUUAUAUCACCAAUUUUGGGGCCGUAGCCUCCGGCCCAUCACAAUGGGCCAUCAGUGAAAGAGAAUAUUUGGUGCCAUAGUUUUCGGCCCAACAAAAGCGAAUGAAAUGGAUAAAGAUUAACGAAGUAGAUUCCAGAUGGCAGAGAUCAAAUGGAUAAGGAUAUACCAACUCCAAAAAUUAAUAUAAAUAUAUAAAAUCAUUUCCAGUUGGACUCGGUGGGUUAACUUGCAAUCCACUGCCCGGGAGCCACGGCAUCAGCAGCGAGUCCCCGUUGACGUGAAAGCCAGCCCAAAACCAACUCCCCGGCCCAUGGGCCCCACAAAUAAAAAGAGAAGCCUCUAACUCACGCGCCGAUUUCUUGCGGUAGGCGUGAAAGCCUCCACCAAAAGCCCAAAACCCGCCACUCCACGCGCCGCUUUUCUGCGCUGCGCAUCUCUUUCUUGAUUAACACAAAAUGACAAAUAUAUAUAAGCAUUGAUGAUAAUUCCUCAACUUCUUCUUCCAUUUCCAACCAGCUCCUCCGGUCGCCACAUUUCCCCCAAACACUCCCCCUUUCGCUCUGCGUCCUCAGCCGUCGCCGAUCACUUCCUUUCCUUUUCUCCGCUCGUCGGCGUCGGCGUCGUCAUCAUUAUCAUCGAUCAGCAAUCGGAUGAAGUGAUGGGGGAUUCGAAGAAGCUCUCUCCGAUGGCUGCGGCUACUACUUCUACUGCUGCUGCUACUACUACUGCAUCUUCCCGCCGUUCUUCUUGUAAUUACUACUUGCUAUGCUGCUUCGUUGCGGCGGCCGCGGCAGUUUGCUUGAUCACACCGGCUCUGACCACCGGCGUCGACGCGAAUUCGCUCGACGCUAACGUCACCGCGAAGCUGUCCGUCGACGCUUCCGCCCGCCGGCCUAUUCCCAGCACUCUCUUCGGGAUUUUCUUUGAGGAGAUUAAUCAUGCUGGAGCUGGUGGGUUAUGGGCAGAACUUGUGAGCAACAGAGGAUUUGAGGCUGGGGGUCCUAACACUCCGUCGAAUAUAGAUCCGUGGUUGGUGAUUGGUGAUGCAUCGUCUGUAGUUUUAUCUACCGACCGGUCAUCUCCCUUCGAUCGAAAUAAGGUUGCUCUUCGAAUGGAUGUACUCUGUGACGUGAAGAGUUGUCCAUCUGGAGGAGUUGGGGUGUACAACCCUGGAUUCUGGGGCAUGAAUAUAGAAGAGGGAAAGAAAUACAAACUGGUUCUUUAUGUUCGCUCAUUGGAUUCUGUUGAUGUGACUGUAUCAUUGACGGGAUCAAAUGGAGCACGGACAUUGGCUACUACCAACAUCAAAGGGUCUGCUUCAGAUGUUUCAGACUGGACAAAGGUGGAGGCCCUGCUGGAAGCCAAGGACACUGAUCACGGUGCAAGACUUGAAUUAAGAACUUCCAAAAAGGGGGUGAUUUGGUUUGACCAAGUGUCAUUGAUGCCUGAAGAUACCUACAAGGGCCAUGGUUUUCGGUCGGAGCUUGUUGAAAUGCUAAAAGAGAUAAAACCUCGAUUUAUCAGAUUCCCAGGCGGUUGUUUUGUGGAAGGCGAAUGGUUAAGGAAUGCAUUUCGCUGGAAAGAAUCAGUUGGUCCAUGGGAGGAGAGACCUGGUCACUUUGGUGAUGUUUGGAUGUAUUGGACUGAUGAUGGACUCGGUCACUAUGAGUUUUUUCAACUAGCUGAAGAUCUGGAUACAGUGCCCAUAUGGGUGUUUAAUAAUGGUAUUAGCCACCAAGAUCAAGUUGAUACUUCAAGCGUCUUACCUUUUGUGCAAGAAGCCCUUGAUGGUAUAGAGUUUGCUAGAGGUGAUGCCAGUUCUAAAUGGGGAUCUCUGCGAGCUUCCAUGGGACACCCUGAACCAUUUAAAUUGAAAUAUGUUGCCGUUGGGAAUGAGGAUUGUGGAAAGAGGAACUACCGAGGAAAUUACCUCAAGUUCUAUGAAGCUAUAAAACGGGUGUAUCCUGACAUCCAGAUUAUCUCAAACUGUGAUGGCUCUUCUCGUCCGUUGGACCAUCCAGCCGAUUAUUAUGAUUUUCAUGUCUAUACAUCUGCUAGCAAUCUGUUUUCUAUGUCUCACCAAUUCGACCGUACAUCACGCAGCGGUCCAAAGGCUUUUGUGAGUGAAUAUGCGGUGACUGGAAAAGAUGCCGGCACAGGAAGUCUCUUAGCUGCACUUGGUGAAGCUGCAUUCCUCAUUGGUGUGGAGAAAAACAGUGAUAUCGUUGAGAUGGCUAGCUAUGCACCUCUUUUUGUGAAUACUAACGACAGACGGUGGAACCCGGAUGCAAUCGUUUUCAAUGCUUCGAUGGCAUACGGAACUCCUAGCUACUGGAUGCAGCGUUUCUUUGCAGAGUCGAGUGGGGGAUCCCUAGUCAAUUCUACACUUCAAACAAGUUCCUCCAGUUCCCUUGUUGCAUCUGCAAUUACUUAUCAAGACAAGGACCAGAACACUUACCUGAGAAUAAAGGUUGUCAACUUCGCGAGCAGCAAGGUGAAUCUCAAGAUCUCGGUGAGCGGAUUGGGGGCCAACACAGUGGGGUUAUCAGGAUCUACAAAGACCGAACUCACAUCUGCGAAUGUAAUGGAUGAGAACUCCUUCCAGCAACCAAAUAAGGUGGCACCGGCUCAAAGUAUGCUGCAGAACGCUGGAAAGGACAUGGAUGUGCUGAUCUCUCCCAAUUCCUUAACCUCAUUUGAUUUAUUAAUCGAAUCGAAUUCGAUCCGGACCCGAAAAUCCGGUCCAUUGGUAUCCAUCAUGUAAAUUAACCCCAUACACCCAUACAACACAACCCAAACCUUAUACCGAUUACCAAUUUUAUAAACCAAUCCAUGAAUUCACUCUUGUAGUACUUGCCAUUUCAUUGUACACCAUGAUUACGCUGUCGAAUAAAACGAUUGCAUAUCUAGCUUCUACACUUUGAAAGGAUGAACAUGUUUGAGAUGAGAAAUCACAUUGCAAUACUGGUAAAAAACAAGUAAACUGAACACAAGACU